GUCUGCAGAGUCCUCUGUUUUCUUGCUAAACUUCCACAGUUGUGGUUCCACCGGGCUCAGCGCUUUUGCAGGAUCAGCAUACCCGAAAUAACUUACUCCCAUCGAAUAAGAAACUGAGUCAGAGCUGAGUAGCUGUGCAGUUUGGAUGUAGCCGGGAUCCCUGCUUCCUACUGGACAGUGUGCCAGAGCAGGAAGUAGUGUUUACACCUGAAUGCAUAAGACUUCAUAGUCUGUUCCUCUUUUCCUUUAACAGAAAUUCAACGAGGCAAAUAAAAUAAAGAAAAAGGGAUAUAGUCAGACUGACUACCACCCACCCUCCCAAAGCUGGAGCAUUGGAUUUGCUGAAGGAGCUUAAGAAUAUUCCCAUGACCCUGGAAUUAUUACAGUCCACAAGAAUUGGAAUGUCAGUAAAUGCUAUUCGCAAGCAGAGUACAGAUGAAGAAGUUACAUCUUUAACAAAGUCUCUCAUCAAGUCUUGGAAAAAGUUAUUAGAUGGACCAUCAACUGAUAAAGAUCCUGAAGAAAAGAAAAAAGAUACUGCAAUUACAUCACAGAAUAGCCUUGAAGCAAGAGAAGAAAGUAGCUCCAGUGGCAGUGUAAGCAGCAGAAAGGAUGAGACGAAUGCUCGAGAUACUUACGUGUCAUCAUUUCCUCGGGCACCAAGCACUUCUGACUCUGUACGGUUAAAGUGUAGGGAGAUGCUUGCUGCAGCUCUUCGAACAGGAGAUGACUACAUUGCUAUUGGAGCUGAUGAAGAAGAAUUAGGAUCUCAAAUUGAGGAAGCUAUAUAUCAAGAAAUAAGGAAUACAGACAUGAAAUACAAAAACAGAGUACGAAGUAGAAUAUCAAAUCUUAAGGAUGCAAAGAAUCCAAAUUUAAGGAAAAAUGUGCUGUGUGGCAAUAUCUCUCCUGACUUAUUUGCUAGAAUGACGGCAGAGGAAAUGGCUAGUGAUGAGCUCAAAGAGAUGAGGAAAAACUUGACCAAAGAAGCCAUCAGAGAGCAUCAGAUGGCCAAGACGGGCGGAACCCAGACUGACUUAUUCACAUGUGGCAAAUGUAAAAAGAAGAAUUGUACUUACACACAGGUACAAACUCGAAGUGCUGAUGAACCGAUGACAACAUUUGUUGUCUGCAAUGAAUGUGGAAAUCGAUGGAAGUUCUGUUGAGUUGGAAGAACUGG